UAGCUCGUCUUUAUGUAGUCUGCUUAACUUCUGUAUAAAUUGUCGCAUUGGCUUGGGUUGUAAACAUUUACGGAUCAAGGCAGGAUGAUAAGAGGUUGCAAAUCAAGGUUUGUUCUUCGUAUUCUGGAUAGACGUCCUCAUCAUCAUCAUCGUCAAGAAAGACAAAUAAAAGGCAGACAGACAGACAAACCAAAAAACGAUCAGAUGGACAGACAGACAAACCAACUAAUGGUCAGGUGGACAGACAGACAAAGCAAAUAACUGUCAGAUGGACAGAUAAACCAACUAACGGUCAGGUGGACAGACAGACAAAGCAAAUAACGGUCAGAUGGACAGACCGACACACCAGCUAACGAUCAGAUGGACAGACAGAUAAACCAACUAACGGUCAGGUGGACAGACAGACAAACCAACUAACGGUCAGAUGGACAGACAGACAGCCUGGGAGACAGACAGACAGACAAACCAACCAACGGUCAGAUGGACAGACAGACAAACCAACUAAUGGUCAGGUGGAUAGACAGACGGACAGACAGACAGAUUAAAGACUAUUCAACACCCAUCAGUCUUCAACACCAUAACAUCGGUUAGUCACAUUGUGGUUUUUGAGGUCAGUCUGUAAAUACCCUGCUUGGCAGAGGUUUUCGUCUGUCAUUUGUCGUCCUUCUAAGUAACAUUYAGCAUGCAGCAGGUUGAUCAGAGCAGGCUGAACACGUCAUUUCACCACAACCCUUUCAGAAUGGCUUUAUCUAAAUAUGYCAUCAACCAAAAUGCGGUUUGAGCRCACUGAUAUYCUCUGAAAGUAUUAUUCCACGCAGACAAUAAACACGCUUUUAAAACUAUAAUACUUAGGAAUACRAAUAUCUAGUCAUAAAAUAUUAAGGAAAUCUGUUCUGGAUAUCUUCGCUAACGAAUUUAUCGAGAACUAAAAGAACAGUAAAUAAAUAUCUCGUCUCAGCGCCGAAAAAGGAAAAUACGACGCUGAAAAGUCCAUUGAUGGCGAUUGAAAGCUUCACGAUUAAUCUCGCACCUCCAGAGCAGGUUUAUACRACAGGCGAUACGAUAACCGGCGAUGUGGGUCUCGUACUAAACACACAGAUUAAAAUACAGAGCUUGUUUCUCUGUUUUUCUGGUAAAGGGAAAGUGGAAUGCGAUAAAGGAAGAACUACAUUCGUUGGAAUGGAAAGUUAUUAUGCUGAUGUAAUAGCAUUACUUGAUGAAGUUCAAGUACGACACAUGGGUGGUGUUUUAAGGCCUGGGCACUACUCGUUCCCAUUCUCCUUCCAUCUGCCURUUGAUGCAGAUCUUCCUGGUUCUCACUCAGGGAGGCGUGGUUACAUCAGGUACACGAUCGAGGCUCGGAUCAAAAGGCCUAACCAGAUGAUCGAUGACACCACGGCCAUCAAUGUCCCUGUCAUCGAUUUUGUCGUCAUCGACGAAUCKUUAUUAACAAUUCAACGACAACAACAGACCAGAAGUAUCGGCUAUACCUGCUGUUCUACUGGUUCCCUGUCCAUUACGGCCAGGCUAGACCGAGGAGGGUAUUAUGUUGGUGACGAGGUCAUGGCAUCGUUAUACAUCGAUAAUAAAUCCAGUCGUGACGUCACGGAUAUUGAGAUGUACUUGUGUCAAAGGACGACUUAUGCUUACGGAACUAAAAUUCGAGAGCGUCAAGAUAAAGAAAAACACCUGUGUCGUACAAGAACAGAAGGCGUAGCGAGAGGGCAGGAUGCGAAUAUCGAAGGCAUGAGUAUGAAGAUUCCGCACGUUAAGCCUACGAGCCUGACUGGAAUCAUUAGAACUGCAUACUCAGUUGAGAUGGCGUCCUCUAAGACAUCCCCAAAAUGA